AUGUGGCCAGGCCCCCUCAGCCCGACCCGACAGGGGGCAGACUUCAACUCGUGGCUCCGGGUAUGCCCUGAAGAUACCCUCAUCGUCUACACUGACGGCUCGCAGAGCGAAGACGGCGCCUGCGGGUAUGGGUACUCAGUGUGGCUAGGCCCUAGCGAAGUGACCUACGGCAGCGGUCGGGUCCUACUCGCUGAGGUCUACGACGCAGAGGUGGAAGGCGCCCUCGAGGGCUUCGAGCGGCACUCACGUGGUCCCCAGGACCCCGGACCAGCAGUGCCGGAUAGCAGCCCAUCGAUCUCGUCGCAAGCGGCGGCGGAGAAGUUCGCUGAGGCCGCGGCUCGGCACGGAGACGUCAGGACGCGCUGGUGCCCCGGCCAUACGGGGAUCGCCGGCAACGAGCGGGCCGACCAGCUAGCAAAGGAGGGCUGCCGGGCCCUCGGCCCGGACAGGCCGCCGACGUACGCGAACAUCAAGAGACAGGCCAAGGCUGCGGCCAGGCGCGACUUCCAGGACUGGUGGUCCGCGGGGGCCCCGAGCAGCUACAAGAGCCUAGGGCUCAAGGCCUCGCUCGGGUGCCCCCCGGAGCUGCACACCAAACGACAGCACCUCCAUCACCUGCUCGCUGCGAGGAGCGGGCACGGGGACUUCGCCGACUACCACGAGAGGUUUAACCACGAAGAGGCCCGGAUCGCAUGCUCCUGCGGAAGGAGAAAAUCACCGACACACCCUUCUACUGCCGGAAGGUAG